GCUGCUGCCUCCAUUGUGAGCCGGACUGAGCUGCCGUCGCUGCUGCUGCGCGGGGAGAGCCCUUCUCUACCGCCCCUCUGUGCCCAGCCGGGGGGACUUUCUCCGCGGGCUGAAACCAGCCCCUGGGGCAGCCCCGGGCUCUGCUGCCACCAGCCCCUGAGCCGCAGAUUCCAGGACGCCCUGAACCUGCUCAUGGCCCUUUCAGGGGGCCCCAGAUCCCUGGUUGAGAACCUCUGCUGUAUAGCAUAGGUCAGAGAAGAUCACCCAGCGAUUACUGCAUUGAGCCCAAUAACGUGUGGCUGAGCUAGAGAGCUCUCUUCUCUUAUCUUCCUUUCUUUUCUAAGAAAGAGCAGGUGACAAGACCGUGAGUGAUAACAAAGCAAGAAAAUCUUCAAAGUCUUGCUGGAGAGGAACUGCCUGAGAUGUUUCCAAAACGAUCCAAAGGAAACGUUUCUCAGAAACUAGACCAGGGAAAAUCCCUUAAGAGUCAGGGCAGGUCAGAAGCACAGCAGCAAAACCCUUCGGAGGAGAGAGAGGGUAAAUCCACCCACCGUGGGAGAGGCGUGAGAAAACGCAAAGACACCAUCGUCCGCCAGAGAACAUACGCAGGGGAGAGGCCCAACAUCUGCAUCGAGUGUGGGAAAAGCUUCACCCAGAGCUCAGACCUUACGAAUCAUCGGCGAAUCCACACAGGGGAGAAACCUUAUAAAUGCAUCGACUGCGGGAAAAGCUUCAGCAUCAAUUCAAACCUUAUCCGUCACCAGAGAACCCACACUGGGGAGAGACUCCACAGCUGCUCUGACUGUGGGAAAAGCUUCACAGACAAGUCGACCCAGACCCAGCACCAGUGCGUCCACAUGGGUGAGAAGCCCUAUAAAUGCAUCGACUGUGGGAAGAGCUUCAGCCGCAGCUCCCAUCACAAGAGGCGCCUGAGGAGCCCUCCAGGGAAGAAGCAGGACAAAUGCACCCAGCGGGACAGCGCUGCCAUUGGGAAGGUUAAAAAAACUAAAACAUCAAAGAAGAAAACCUCGACCAUUGAGAUCCCCAUCACAUGCGCUGAGUGCUGGCAAAGCUUCAGCCAGAACUCGGACCUGGUCAAGCACAUGAGGAUCCACACAGGAGAGAAACCCUAUGAGUGCACUCACUGUGGGAAAUGCUUCAAUGUCAGUUCAAACCUGAUCAGACACCAGAGGAUCCACACGGGAGAGAAACCCUACACAUGCUCUGACUGUGGGAAAAGCUUCACUGACAAAUCUACCCUGACCCAGCACCACCGGAUCCACACGGGAGAGAAGCCCUAUGAGUGCAUUUACUGUGGGAAAAGCUUCAGCCGCAGCUCCCACCACAAGAGGCAUCAGAGAACCCACACAGGAGAGAACCCUGUGUCCUUCCUGCCUUUAUGGCCCUACCCAACUCAAGCAUGUUAGGGGUUGGGGGAGGGAAGGAAAGUCCAUCAUAGCAGCAGGAGGCAGUAGCUAGAGGAGAUUGGAGCUGCGUGCUUGUGGGAUCUGCUUUCUGGGGAUUAGUGGGAUGGUGAGUAGUGGGAGGGAACUGGUAUGGCUUUUUAGCAGGGAUUGUUAGGGGAGGGUGCUGGUUCUUGGGAGAAUUGGUUGUUUUAGUGGUUGGGACUAGGGCUGGUCAGUGACGGGUUGGUGUUGGGAGGGCGAGUAGCUGGUAGGAUAAGGGGUGUGUGUGUGUGUGUGUGUGUGUGUGUGUCUUGUUAAAUUUUUACUAUUGGCCUGUGUAGAAUGGAUUGUAGGUUUCUUGCCACUUCCAGGUAGGAUGAGUGUCUACGCCCCUGAGAACAGCAGUGGGACUAACCCAGACUGGGCUCACUAUGGCAGAGGCCACGGGGACUGAAUGGGGUGCUAGAAGUGGCUCUUCCAGGCGAGGACUGCGGCACAGCUUUCACGCUGUGUGUACCAAGGGCCUCUCUCCAGCAGCAGCACAUUCACAUCUCUUUUUAACUAGUUUCGGUCAAAGGCAAAUGAGGCCAGCUCCCACUCUGGUGUUAGGAGAGUCUCACUUCUACCUUAAACAGCCUGCUCAGUUACUACCGUUCCGUUCCUUUCUCUUCUGGAAUAGAUAUGGCUGUGCUAGCCCAGCAGUCGUACAUGGGGACUCUGUAUGCGCUGUAGAACAAAUAGCGAUUAACAAAAUGUUUAAACCAAAAAUCAUUUCCAUUUCUUUGUUCCUGUGGUUCUUACUAUCUCUGGGCUUUAAUUUAUCUUCUGUUCCCCACCCCAAAUGUAUUUAGUUCAGGGAAUUCAUGGCAGAAUUCAGGUGACCUGUGAGCUGAAGGAGCCACUCAGAGUUAAUGUGGCUCCCCAUCCCAAGAGGCCAGACGGGAGCAGCCUGUCUCCUUCUCCCUAGCAGCAGCACUGCUCAUUUCUCUCUCUGGAUCAUCCUUACCUACUAAGAGAUGCAGAAUUGGACUCCUUCAGACAUCUUAACCUACCUCCUAUAUUUCAGUCAGUUACUCCUCUGUGUGUGUUUAUAAUCAGUCUGUAGUUGUUCAGGAAUCUUGAACUCCUUAAUUAUUUGUUAAUUCUUAAUCUACUAUUCUCUCUUAAAAAGAGACUGAGCUGCCACAAUCCCUUGCUCAAAUUAUUCCCUUUGUUGCUCACUCCAGAUGCUACCUAUGUGCCUUCUUGUGCUGGCCCAUUCUAAGCUCGCCCGUAGCCCAGAUGUGUGUCUCUUCCCUCACAGAUCCCCACUUGGGGCCCAUCCCUUUCUGGCUCCCUAAAAUUGCCACUAGAAUUUCAUUUGGGCAUAAGGUUCACCCUUGCUUUCUGUCCUAAACCGUUGUCACUGUUUAAAUACCAGAGUUAAUCUGCCUUGGAGUUAAGUCCUAGUGAAGUGUUUCAUGAUGUAUUUGGUGACAUUCUGUUAGGUAACCUCUGACAAUGCAGUUGCACUGGGAUGGUGGAUGAAUAUCAAGCCUUAAUGUUGCUACUUCUUGAUGCUUAAUUCAAGGAUGUCAGACUCCUUCUGUGCAGAUGGCUAAAUUACAACUUCUAUAUGUAGAGCCCUGCAAAUCUGUGGAUAUCCACAGACCAUGUUUAUGGACCGUGGAUCUGAUGCAGAUACAAAUUUUGUGUCCAUACAGGGCUCUGUCUAUUGGGGCUAGACUUGCAAGAGUGCUCACCACUCAAAAUGUAGAGCAGAUUUUCAAAAGAGCUCUGUACUCAGCAGCUCCUGUUUUUCCCAGUAGGGAGGGAAAGAUUCUCCAUUGCUCUCAGUGGGAGCUGCUGAAUGCUUUUGAAAAUCUGGCCCUUAGAGUCCCUGAGCCAGGAGUGAGUCUGAGUACAGAAUGUGCCUCUAAUUAACAAAGUUAAAUAGACUCAUAGAUUCCAAGACCAGAAGGGACCAUUGUGAUCAUCUACUCUGACAGCAGCAGUCAGCUGUAGAAGGGGGAUGCAGGUCGGAGCUGGUCUUCUGGAGGUGGCAGGGGGAGGAGGUUCUGUUCCUGGGGUGCUUGGGAACUGGGAUGAGAGGUUGACAUUUUCCUAAGCCUGGUGCUAAGGGUAGGCAUGGGCUUGUGAAAAGGAGGGCCAAGAAAGGUGGAGGAAAGUGCUCAUUUGCUUGUCUAGUCGGGAACUAGAAUCCUUUACUCUAGCACCAGUUCCCUGCCAGAAGCAAGCAGCAGGGUGGAUUACAUUGAGUGAGGGUUCUAGACCUAGCUAUGUACCGUGCCUAGAGAAUGGCAGUGAUGAGAAUUCAGAGAGGGAACCCGUGAGGCACUGUUUGUCCCUGUGCUUCCUGCAGGGCAGGGCAGAUCCACAUACCAGGCUGUACCUGCAUGCCAUAACAGCUCAGCAUUAGAGAGCUGGCCCCAGACUGCCACAACAGUGACUGAAAUCAAUAAUGCAGAGAGGGAGAGAAAUUAAAGGCCAUGAGAAUGUUCAGUUCUGAGAGCUGAACACAGCAGGAGAGUUAGGGUGUGUUUACACUUAAAAUGCUGCAGUUGCAGCACUGUACCGCUUAGUGAAGAGAGCUUCUACCAUCAUUGUAGGUACCGCAGCUCCCUGAGAGGUGGCAGCUAUGUCGACAGGUCUCCCAAAGACAUAGUGCUGUCCGUAGUGGGAGUUAAGUCCAUGUGGAUUUUCAACACCCCUGAGUGACAUAGUUAUCAACCUAAUCCAGGGUGCAGACAGUGAUAUGUCGACAGGAGGGCUCAGGGGCUUGGGUAAUGCAAUGUGGGGCCUCUUAUGUUUUUAAUAAGGUUGAGUAGUAUGGUUUCUCCCACCGCAAAUGUCACAAUUGGCUAUACUUUUUCUGACUUAUUUUCCCCCUACCAGAAUGAGAAGCAUGGAAGCAGAUCACUCUCCACCUCCACCCCAUGCAGAGGGCUGUUCUCUGCUAGGCUGGAUACCUCCCCACUAGCUAGAGCUUUCCAGCCACCCUGGGCACUACUCUUUAACACCUUUUGCUUCUAUCAUGACUUUUGUCUGAAGAGUCCCAGACACUUGGGACAAAUGGCAUUCAUGCCCCUGCCAUGCUGAGAUGCAGCCACUUCUGGAGUAGGAGUGUAGCAGUCAUAUUGUUCCAGCAACAGGGCCCUAGCAGGGUCACAAGUGGGGAAGGGCAGAUCCAUGCACCUGAGGGAGAGUCUGCCCAGCCCAGUUUAUCCCAUCCCAACAAGUGCUUUUUCUGCAACAAUCCAACCCAACCCAACUUCCUGCCCCAACUACCAGCUGCCAAUCACCUUCCCAUCCCCUGCAGUUGCUAGGGCUGGAUUUAGGCAAUCUCGGAAUCAAGGUACAGCAAUAUAUUGUGGUGCUGCUGUGUCUGCCCACCUCUUAGUGCGAUUGGGGGUGGGGGCAUUCUGGAGAGGCUGUGGACACAGGGAAGAAUGAAGCAGAGGGGUUUCCUUAUUAUCAGCCAGGUUGUACCUGCUUGGUAGGGGGCCUGCUGUGCACUUCCCCUCCUGCCACACUCCGAGCCCUCUGCUGGGGAGGGCUUGGCAGCAGAGAGCAUGGGGCAGCUCCCCCCUCUCAUAGCAAGUGUCCCAGGCUUGCUGCACACUCAGGCAGCAGUGCUGUCAGUUACACUCAGAUCAUGUUUUCAAGCUUUUCUUUGCAACUGUGAGAGCUACAAACUGACUCUUUUUCCCCCUAAGAAAGCUUUGGUCGCUGUAAUUGCGUGACUCCAGGAGCUGGGCCCCAACACAUGGAGAAAUAGUGCCUGUACCCUACUGCAGCCCUGGUGGCCCUCUGUUCCCAUCUGUUACACAAAUACCCAGCACCUUCUGGUUCCAUCCUCCUUUCCCCUGUUAGAGCAGCAUCACCAAGGCUCCCUGCUGCCCAUGUCAGUUUCAAGCCAGUGGGAGAUAAUCACUUUCUAUUUAUUUAUUGAAUAUAAAAUCCCCUGAGAUUUUCUCCCUUUUUUCCCCUCCAUUUUUUAACUGAGGUAACUUCCAGGUUACCCAAGAUGGCAGGGGGUUGGUGUGGGAGGGAAUUAAACCUCUUUUCAGUCAACUACCCCCUGCAUAUUUGGGAAUCAAAGUGUUUUACUUCAUUUAUGUUAAUAAAACUCCCCAGCCCCAAAGCAGUACACAGCCUCCUGCCCAUUCAAACUCCAUUACCCAUGCACCUCCCCUGCUGCUGCCCCUUGCAACUGCCUCGGAAACUUCUGGCUCCAUCCUCCUCUCCAUGCUUGGGUCAUUGGAUGCUGCCCAGAACCCACUGCUGCCCACGUAGAGGGCAGGGUGGGGAGCAGGAGGAAACAACCACUUUAUAUUUGCUUUUUGAGUAUUAGUAUAAAAUUUGGGAUUUCAUCCUUUUUCCCUCUGAAAAUCAAAUAUUGAUGGAAAAUAUUAAUGUUCUCCUCACCUGUUGCCAUUUGUGUGUAAACGUUGAACGUUAUUUGAUAGACACAAUAGUCCCCUCUGCUACUGUCCUUUUCUUUUGCUAAUUAUCAGAUAUUGAUCAAAUCCCUCGGAUUUCCCCCUUUUCUCUCUAAUUAGUGACUAUUGAUAUUAAAACCCCCUUAAAUUACACACCUAAAUAUCCAAUCUCAUCCAAUUUGGUUGUUUUCUGUGUAAUUAUGGAAUAGUGAUAUUUUAUAUUAAUAUGAAAAUCCUCUCAAGUCUGGGGGUUUCUCAUCCUUUGUAACUGCAGCAACUUGGCCUUGAGGUGGAGGGAAACUGUAACCCUGACUCAUUACCACAGCUCUCCCUCUGCCAGCCACCAGCCUCUCCCGCACGCCAUCCCAACUGCUGCGGAACCUUCCGAUGCCAUCUCCCCUCCCUGUAGGCCAUGUCACCCAGGGCUCCCUGCAGCCCAUGUCUGUGGCACAGCAUGAGGGGACUGCUCACUUUUGAGUUAAUUAUCUCAUAUUGAUCUAAAGUCCCCAGAGAUUUUAUCCCUUUUUUCUCUCCCAUUUAAACUGCAGCAACUUUUUCUGCUUCUGGAGGGAAAUAGUUGCCUUUAGUUGUUACUCCAGAGGGAGAAGAGCAAGGGAAGGCAUUUAAACACCCCUUCAAUACUUUCCCCCUGUUGCCAGCACAGAGUGCCCAAGGACAGUAACAGCGGGGUUCGUUGCCCGGUGUGCGUCACGCUAAUAAACACACCAUGGUGGAGAAGCAAUCAAAGUUUAUUUGAGAUCUCAAAGUAGUGCAAGGAGACAGGCACGUCUCAAAUCAAGCGCAUCAACAUAAGCAGCCUUUAUCUUUUAUACAUUUUGCAGCUAAGCCUUUCCCUACAGGAUGCAGGCAGGGGGCUCAGGGCAGGGGGUUGUGGGGCAAGGUGCUCUGCCGACACCAGCUCCUGAAUCGCAGACUUCGGGUGAUGGGAAUAGGGUUGCCAAUUUUGGUUGGACACAUUCCUGGAGCUUUCAUCACAUGACAUAACCUUCAAUUAAAGAUUAAUCUUUAAUUCCUGGAGACUCAAGGACAAUCCUGAAGGGUUGGCAACCCUAGAUGGGAGACCUGGGGCCGGGUAUGAAAGUGACUCUGCACAAAUGGCCCCUCCUCAUCCCAGCUGUGCUCCCGGGUGGGGGGCCUGUGAGUCCCAGAGCUGCUGCCCUCCCUCACACCCCCAGACUCUGCUCCCCGAGCGCCUGUAGGAGCCGAGCCAGCUCCAGGACAGCAAAUGCCCCAGGACCAGGCCAGGGACCGAGUCUCCCAGCCUGAGGUUGAGGGGAGAGGAGUGGGGAGGGAGGUUCCCAGCUCCCAGCCCUUCCCAGACCCAUUUCCUGGAGCAUCCCAGGGUAGGUUGACUUUUCUGGGACAAGGUGAGGAGCAGAGAGAGAAAAAGCCAGUUCCUACCUCUGCCUAGUCCCCAAGCUGCUGGGGGAAUGUGCAAGGACAAUGUCAAGAGAAAUCUCCCAAAAUGGCUCCUUUUGAUUCUACUCUUUUCUAGUGUACUGUUCAGAGAAUAGGUUACUAGGAGGGUUUAAGAUUUUCUCUGUAAAUUUAGGAUUUGUGAGAAAUUAUUAAGUGUAAAAUAUAUAUAUCUACAGUUCUUUUUA